AUGCAUGUAGGGGUACAACGGCAGGUGAAGGGCCGGAGAGGAAUGCGACAGGAUGGCAACUUCUGGCUGCUUUCACUCCCUUCUCCUCCCUCUCCUCUCUCUCCUCCCUCUCCUCCCCCCCCUCCCUUCCUCUCCCUCCUCUCUCUCCUCCCUCCCCUCCCUCUCUCUCCCUCCUCCCUCUCCUCCCUCUCCUCCCUCUCCACCCUCUCCUCUAUUUCCUCCCUCUCCUUUCUCUCCUUCCCCUCCUCCCUCCCCUCCAAUUCCUCUCCCUCCGCCCUCUCCUCCCUCCCCUCCCUCUUCUCUCCCUCCUCCCUCUCCUCCUCCCUCCCUCUCCCUCUCCUCCCUCCCCCCUCCUCCCUCCCCUACCUCUCCCCCCUCUCCUCCCUCUCCUCCCCUCCCUUUCUCUUCUCCUCCCUUUCCAAUCCAUUCCCCCAAACCUUCCUUUUCUCUGCUCUCGAAUCCCCUUUCAACUUCUCUUCCCUCUCUGUCCACACUCACCUCUCCAACCUCUCGUCCUUCUCUCACAUCGCCCCCCCCUCGUUCCUCAUCGCUUCCCUCUCCCCCUCUCCUCUUUUCCCACUCGCUUUCCUCACCCUGCUCUCUUCCUUCUCCCACUGUCCUCUCCCCCCUCGCUCCCCCGUCCCCACCUACUCCACCGACCUUUUCCUCUUGCUCUCCGACCGCCUCACCUGCACCUCCCUCCUCUCUACCAUCUUGCCUGUCCGCCACAACUGUCCACUCCUUUCCCUCCCCCAGCUCUGCCCCUUUCCCCUCCUCUCCCGCCUCUCCAUCCGCUCCCGCCUUGCUACCAUGUCCUCUGCCUGCCACAACUCUCUCCUCAUUUCCAUCUCCGCCCUCUCCCUCUUCUGCCCCAUCUCCCUCCUCUCCCCUCUCGCUCGCACCUCUGACAUUAUCCCUACAUGUAACCCCUACCCCAGGCCCCCCUCGGAUCAGGCCUGCCAGGCGUGGCAAGGGCACUAUGGCUGGCGUGCACCUGAGGUGCUGCACAGAUUGACUAUCGUUUGUCACCGGCACUCUCUCACUCCCGACACUCGCUCCUCCACUCUCUUCGUCUUCCCCACACGCUAUCUCCUCUUCACCCCUCACCUCCUCGCCCCCACCCCUCACGUCCUCUUCCCCACCCCUCUCGUCCUCUCCUCUUGCUACAGUUCCUGCUGCUGUUGCGGCAGCACCGGCAUGAUCAUUCAUACUAGAGUCCUCUGGCCUUGCUGCUGCCAGUGCCACCGCGACUGA